GUGCGCGCGCCCCCUUCCGCCUUGGCCACAUGCUAUACCAGCUGCUCAUCAUCAACAAGGCCGGAGGCCUGGUGUACCAGCACAUCUUCCCUCAGACGCGCGCCGGUGGCACCUCGGCUGCCUCGCCAUCACCCAACUCGAAUGACUUCCUCAUGCUGGCCGGCACUUUCCACAGCAUUCAUGCCCUGGUGGCGCAAUUCUCACCCGUGGCCGACUCGUCCGGCUUGCGGGUGCUAGAGUCAUCGCACUUCACGCUCUUCUGCUUCCAAGCCCCCACCGGGACGAAGUUCCUCCUCGUGACGAUUCCCCUCUCCGGGUUGCAAAGCGCCUCGUCAGUCAUCUCGCAUCAUGUCACCCAAACCGGACGCACCGUGCCAACCAGCCUGCACUCCGGCCCUCCGAACUUGCAUGCGGUGGCCACCGCCGCCUGGCGGGAGAUCUACCUGGCGUACGGGGCCUUUGUAGCGCGGGAUCCCUUCCACGUGCCGGAGAUGCCGAUCCGUUGCUCGCGUUUUGAUGCGGCCGUCAGCCGCAUUGGUCAACGGGCAUCGAGCGGCAUUUACUGAGAGGCGGGGAUGCGUGUAGCCAUCCCCCCCCCCCCCUUCCCUCUCCCCCCUUCCCUCUCCCCCCUCCCCCGCUUCCCUCUCC